AUGGCGAUCAAAGUAAGUUCUCUAAACAACUGGAGACAAUACACUUAUCAAAGCUUCAUAGGCUUCAAGGCUUGGAGGCGGUUGAAUCAUGCAUCUAGCGCGCUAUUUGCAGAUGGACUUCAUGAGACUGUUAAAGAAAGACAAAAAUUGCCAUUUUUCAUUAUCAAUCUCCGCCAGCAAAUAUUUGCAAGAAUCUAUGGAUCUGAUAUCAGUUUUGCUGUUUUUUUGGGGCGACCGCCACGUGUCAGUAAGCGAUUUUGCUUUACCAAUAUGCCCCUUGAUGUUAGCGAGGACACGUAUUAUAUGACAGGGAAUGAUUUGGACCAGAAGCUACAGCAGCUGGAUCGAGCCGGCUGGAACAUUGUGGGCCUGAUUAUUCGAUGGUCCAUGAUCACGUCUACGAUACUUGAAGAUACACUAGAAACGUUACUUGGUCGAGGUAUUUCUGAUAUACCUCAGCGCAUCCUAGAGCUAAGGUCCAAGAUUAGCCAAGCAUGGAAUGAUCUUCCUUCUUUCCUCACGGUUCCAACGCAUGACUUGUGGCAAAAGGGGCGGCCUUGCCACGAGGUCGAUAUACUCCAUCAGAUUAGACUAUUCUACCUUCAUACCACAUUUUUAAUUGAAUGGGCGGCGUCAAGAAACAGCCUUGAUAAUGCAAGAGUGCUUUUUGCCAAUGCAAGUGAGCUUCUUGAAUGGGUCAACAAUGCUCUAGUGCGGCGUGAACAAUUAUCUGACCUUGGACUUGUCUCUCUGGCGUGGAGGGUUGCUUCUUGUGCCCUCCCAGCUGCGGGCGUUAUUGCCUGGUAUCUUUUGCAACCAUCAUCUCGUAUGGGGCUAGUAAAGCUUGAUCCAGCAUCACGUCGACAUAGUAUCGAGAAUCUUUCCGUGCUAAUCGCACAUAUGGGUGCUUUGCAUGACCCCGGAGACGGCAACUACCAGCUCUUCUGUCAAGCUAAGAAUGCCCUUCAAUCUGCAAUGGACACAAUUCUACAACCGUCAACUACAGAUCAGUCGCAAACCCCACUUGAUAUGUCCCACCCAGCAAUCCCCCCAGACUGGUUGUAUCCGGACUACUUGGGUCUAGGAGUAGAAUCCUGGUUCGUCCCCUCUUCUGCCAAAGUGUGA